AUGGCGAAAGUCUGGCAUGAGACCUCAGUCCCAAAGAAGCUCUCUUCAUCCGAGACUUACUAUGAUCUUGGGCCCUACAAGCGACGCGUCAGCACCUCCAACCCCGAUGCCCAGGCCUGGUUCGACCGUGGCCUCAUCUGGGCAUACGCCUUCAACCACCAGGAGUCUGCACGAUGUUUCGAACAAUGCGUGAUCUUCGAUUCGACCUGUGCUAUGGGAUAUUGGGGUAUUGCCUUCGCGCUGGGUCCGAAUUACAAUAAACCAUGGACUUUAUACGAUGGAGAAGACCUUUUGACGACCACCACGCGGGCUCACGCCGCCGCCUGGGAAGCUAGGAACCAGGCAGGAGCAGCAUCGCCCGUCGAGAGAGCCCUAAUCGAUGCCGUAAAGCACCGGUAUCCCCAAGAGGAGCCCUUGGGGGAUUGCACUGAAUGGAACAAGCAAUAUGCCACCGCCAUGGAAUCUGUAUACGACGCCUUUCCCGAGGACCUAGAUGUCAUUACACUAUACGCCGAUGCCUUGAUGAACCUCACUCCAUGGACCCUGUGGGACUUGAAAACCGGGAAACCAACUCCGGAUGCUCCAACCCUCAAGGUGAAGAAGGUACUGGAUCGCGCCUUGGCCAGUGAUGAUGCCCUCGGACACCCCGGCCUCUUGCACUUGUACAUUCAUCUGAUGGAGAUGUCUCCCACGCCAGAGACUGCGCUUCCAAUCGCAGAUAACUUGCGUGGAUUGGUACCCGACGCAGGACACCUUGAGCAUAUGGCAACUCAUUUGGAUAUACUAUGCGGCGACUACCGUCGAGCAGUGGCAUCAAAUACAUCCGCGAUCCGCGCCGACGAGAAGUUCCUAGCAAACCAGUCACUAGGCCAUUUUUACAACCUCUACCGGGCGCAUGACUACCACUUCCGCAUGUAUGCAGCUAUGCUAGGCGGCCAGUCCAAAAUCGCCAUCGAAACGGCCACUGUGCUCGCGGAAUCCCUCACGGAGGACCUUCUCCGAGUUGAAUCUCCACCCUUGGCAGAUUGGCUCGAAGGAUUUGUCUCCACACGAGUGCAUGCUUUAAUUCGAUUCGGUCGCUGGGAGGAAAUUCUCAGCCUGGAGCUACCAACUAACCAAGUCCUCUACUGCAGCACAACUACCAUGACGCACUACGCCAGGGGCGUUGCUUUGGCUGUGAUGGGCCGUACUGAUGAAGCAAAGAAAGAGAGGGAUCUUUUCAAUUCUACAAAAAAGCUGGUUCCUUCAUCUCGAACCAUCUUCAAUAAUACUUGUCUCGAUAUCAUCUCCGUCGCUGAAGCAAUGCUCGACGGAGAAAUCGCUUACCGCUGCGGUGAAUACGACGCUGCAUUCGCCAGUCUCCGCAUCGCAAAUGACCGAGAUGAUAACUUGCCUUACGAUGAACCAUGGGGCUGGAUGCAACCUACUCGACAUGCGUUGGGAGCAUUGUUGUUGGAACAGAACCAAGUAGAGGAGGCCAGCAAGGUUUAUUCUGCAGAUCUCGGAAUUGACGAGUCUCUCCCUCGCGCCUUGAGACACCCUAAUAAUGUUUGGGCCCUGCAUGGUUAUCACGAAUGUCUAGUCAAACUUGGUAGAGCAGCGGAAGCGAGGACUAUGAAACCUCAGUUAAGGCUCGCUUUGGCUAUGGCUGAUAUACCGAUUCAGGCAUCAUGUUUCUGUCGACGCAACUACAAAGAUCUAUCUUGA